CUUUCGAUUGGCCAUCCCUUUCGACACUACAUUUGGGCAUAGAAAAAGAGCUUUGCUUUGGCCGAAGCAGCGCCCACAAAACCCCGUUUUCACCAAUCACAACUGGGCAGCUUUGACCACUCCCGCUCCUGUUUCUCUCUGCCCUUACACCCUGCUAAAUUCUCUGUUUCAUAGAUGUAAGCAGUGCAAGAUAUAACUCAAUGGGGUUGGCAUAUUUCUAUGCACUUCUUUCACACACUCUCUCUUUAGUCUCUUUGCUUUUGCUCUAACCUCCAAAGGGAAUAUAAAAGCUGAGAAGAAAAAGCGAAACAUUUCCCCACUUUUUAGCACUCUAAUCCUCUGGAAGCUCUCUGUUUUGCUUCUGUUUUCUUUUGUUUUUUUUCCCUCCUUUCAUGGAUUUUUAGUGGUUUUUUUCGAGCUUUAAGUCUUUUAAUCGAUGAUUUGGGUUUUCUAAUUUUGAUCUGUAUAUUGAUUUUCCUGUUGUUUUAUGUGAUUUUGGAUCUGCUAGGGUUUUUCAUCAACAUACAUCAAGAUCUGCUUUUUUUCUUUUAUAUUUUUCCUACUCAAUUCUCGGAUUUUCCUUGGGUUUUGGAAAGUUAAACUUUUGGAGAUUCCUCAAUUUAAUCUUAUGUGAAAAAAGGGUACUCGGAUUCCGUUUCAAUGCUUUCAUGAUUUGAUACUUCUUUGCCCAUUUAAAGCAGCCACUUCUCUGCAUUUUUCUAUCUUGGUUUUUCUCUCUCUUUGAACAUUUCAUUCAAAGAGGGAGAAAAGCAAAGGUCUUUUUUUUUUUUUUUAAACGGGCAAAUCAACUGUUGGCAGUUAGAUAACUAGAAAAAAAAAGGAGAGAAAUGAUGAAUCGGGGACUUGAAGUUCUAUCUCCAGCGUCUUAUUUACAGACUUCCAAUUGGUUGUUUCAAGAGAGCAGAGGUACUAAAUGGACUCCUGAAGAGAACAAGUGUUUUGAAAAUGCUCUGGCUUUGUAUGAUAAAGACACCCCUGACCGCUGGUUUAAGGUGGCAGCUAUGAUUCCUGGAAAAACAGUUGGGGAUGUGAUCAAACAGUACAGAGAAUUGGAAGAGGAUGUUAGUGAUAUAGAAGCUGGGUUAAUACCAAUUCCUGGAUAUAGCAGUGAUUCUUUUACAUUGGAGUGGGUUAAUGAUAGUCAGGGCUUUGAUGGAUUUAGACAAUAUUACACUCCAGGUGGAAAAAGAGGGGCGGGGACUCGGCCUUCUGAUCAAGAAAGGAAGAAAGGAGUGCCAUGGACUGAAGAAGAGCACAGGCAAUUUCUAAUGGGGCUUAAAAAGUAUGGUAAAGGGGAUUGGAGAAACAUAUCACGCAAUUUCGUGACGACUAGAACACCAACUCAAGUGGCGAGUCAUGCUCAAAAAUACUUCAUCAGGCAGCUCACUGGAGGGAAGGAUAAGAGGAGGUCCAGUAUCCAUGAUAUCACAACAGUUAACGUCCCCGAUACCCCUUCUUCCUCACCAGAUCACAGCAAGCCAUUGUCUCCAAAUAAUUCUGCUGCAGUCAUGCAGGCACAGCAGCAACCAAAAGUCGCUGGGGUAACUAAAGAGCUAUUCGAGUGGAAGCAACAGAAUGAAGGAGCUGUUAUGGUUUUCAACCAGACGAGUGGCAAUGCCUUCCUUUCCCCUUUCUGUGGGAUUUCUUCAUAUGGACCCAAGGUGGAUGAACAAAAUUUCCUAAGGGGUACUCUUCCCAGAUCUCAAUUUGGAUCUUACAACACUCUUUUCCAGAUGCAGUCAAUGCAGCGUCAGUAAAUUCAUAGAUGAAAGUGGUGGAAGAUUUCUGAAGGGUAUUAAUUAAUGAGAUGAAGAUCUAGCCUAACAGUGAUGUCACCUAGCUUUGUCCAUGCCACAUGUGUAUAUGAUGAAUGAUGCAAAUUAGUCCAUAGUUAUCACUCUACAGAGAGAUCAGUUAGGUCGUUUUGUGAUUUUAUCAUUCAAAAUUCUGGAUCAUUGAACCAAAAAAGGAAGCUUAUUUACAAUGAAAGCUUGGGCCUUUAUUGCUUCUA